CUCCCUCUUGACCAUAUGUUCUGUUAUAGAACUUGCCCACACAGCCGACAUCCCUCCGGAGACAAAAAGGCUCUCCUCCUCCUCCUCCCGAUCAAAAGCUCGAUGGAAUCGCCAUGGAAGGGCAUAUGGUUACCGAGGCCCACUCCCGCAAUACGAAAGCCGCUUACUGAAGAAGACCUAGACGGUUUGGACGACGAGUACUUCGAGCCCGACCCCAACUGUUGGGACGAGGACGAAGAUUGCGACUUUUUCGAUUACGGAACGGUGGUGUCAACCGAAGAGAUGGCUCAAGCCGAGAAAGAUUGGAAGAUAAGAAAAAAAGGUAAUAUCGAUCCUGAGCCCCAUGGCGUCCACAUCACGGUGAGGAGGGAGGAGAAUAAGGAAGAUCAUGCGAAAAUACACUGUGACUUGUACUACCAGAUUAUGAUCAAUAGAUUUGUUGAUGAAAUACACAAGAACAAGGAGGAAAAGAUGGGAAGGCCCAACGUUGAGGAAGGUCUGAAAAAUCUCAAGAUCCAGGACGAGGAGGAGGAGGAGGAGAUGGUGGUUUCUGGCUUGUAGAUGAGUCUUCCAGGAGGCGCGCAGAUUUGGGGGCUUGCUUGGUUUCUCAAUCUUUAUUAGUAAUCUUUUUCUUUUUUGUUUCAAGAAAGUUGGUUCCUUUGAUCGAUCGAUCCGUAUGUUUUUUUAGUAGCUUGUUUGUUUGUUUUUUCCAUCUAUAUUGCAAUUGCUUUGUUUUGUUUCGCCAGUGGACUGAUGACAUAAGAGGUUUAGCUGUUUGGCAGUUUGGCUUGUGAAACUAGAGGGAAUAUGGAUUACAGGAAGUAGUCAAGUAGAGAUUUACUUUAUUUGGAUCCUGUAUAAAUGUUAGUUUAUUUUAUUUGGAUCCUGUAUAAAUGUAAGUUUAACCAUUUACAUAAUGAAUUUGAAGUCACUCC